AUGGCGCAAUCUAAUUUCGAUCAGAGAUUUGUCAACAUUUCAGACCUGCACCCUAAUCUCUCCCGCCCAGUGGGUAUCAAUAUUGGAUCUGAAAGGUACACAUUUGGUUUCACCAUAAGGGAUUCUCCAGCAUUCUUCAUAAAUGCAUCGGCCUGGGGCAGAGAGGAUUAUAUAAGAUCUCUUUCUGGUAGCUUCCAGGUUGGAGACUGUGUUAUUAUUGAAAACCCCCUUGUGCAAACAAAAGAUGUAGAGAAAGAAGAGAAAUUCAAUCCCUCAACACCAAGUUAUUACAGGUUGCUAAUUAGCGAAGUUCAUUCUUUGGUCAAGAUUUGCUCCAAAUUUGAAGUAGACAACGCUCUACUGUCCUUGGUGCACCUACCUACCAAAGAUCCACAGGAUUAUUAUUCCUUGGGUGACAUUGUAGCCAACGGUCAGAGCCUAAAUAGGAAAAUCAUUAAUAUUCUUGCAGCUGUGAGAUCGGUUGGUGAAGUAAAAGGGUUUGUCACAUCUGACAAAAGAAGAGGUCAGCGAUGCGAAGUAAAGCUUUUUGAUGAUUUGGUUUCUUCUUUUGCAAUGGUAUGCUGGGACAACGAAUCUAUACAAAUAGCACAGACCUGGAUACCACGUGAAACAGUUCUAUUUGCUUCAGACAUACGAAUAAAUUACGAUGCCUUCCGAAAUACUAUGGUUGCAACAGUUGUGUCCAAAACUAUAUUUACAACCAAUCCAGACACACCAGAAGCACAAGCUUUGUUAAAUUAUGCAAGAGACUGCAAUGAAACCGGAUUGCUUGAUGAGGAAAAUGAAGAUAUUGCAAAAGAUUCUGUUGACUUACAGGCUAUACGAGAUGUAUACACAGUGCAGCAAAUAAAAGAGCGAGCCUCGCACAGCCUGGGAAAAAACGACCCCAUCUACGGCAUAGUGUUUGCUUACAUAUCUGCUCUGAAUAUCGAUUGUGAAACUCACAAAGUAAUUCGAUAUAGAUGCUCUCAAUGUCAUUACAUCAUACCAGACCCCACAGCGGGCUGCACAUAUGCCUUCUGCAGCGACCUAUCCCCCGACCCAAAAACCGUGAUAACAAGCUUGGAUUUAAAAGUGGACGUUACGGAUCACACGGGUACGCUGUCCUGCAUCUUAUCUGGUAGCGUAGCUGAGGAAACGCUCUCGUGUAAGGUAGACAGGUUUUUCAAUUUAACGGAAGACCAGAAAACCCUGCUGAAAUGGAAUUUUCUGUUGGAGCGUUGCAAAAUCUAUUUAAAGGUAUUUUUAUCUACAAAUUCCAGAAACGGAAUGCGAGUUACAGCGCUUUCCUGCAAAAUAGCAGAUCCAGUCGAAGCGAGCAGACACUAGCAGGCAAAAGAAAAUAAGUAAAACUUUUUUUCUCAUGGAUCCAAAUGGUUUAAUUUAUUUAUGAAUUGGUUUCUUGGCACAAUACAAUGUUAAUAAUAAGUCAUUUGCAAUAAGUAUGUAUCAGCUG